CCGCGCGUGUGCUCGACCGAUCCACCGCGAUGUCUAGCUCCGGCAUCAACGCCAUACCCGCAGCCAACCACGAGGAGCAGAGCCUGGCGGCGCCCGCCCCGCCCCCUACGGCCGCCGUCGCCGAGGUGAAAGGGAAGGUGCUUGCGCAACAGGCGCCUGCGCCGGUGGUUUGCAAGCGCAAGUCCGGCAGAGACCCGCAGAAAAGCCCGCCCCCAGCGGCCACCAGAGAGGAGCUGGAAUCCCGGGAGUCCCGGGAAGGCCCCUUGAAGGUCCUUGCGCUCCCGGUGCCAGGGGCCCCGCGUACUCACGCUGUCUCCGGCGACAAGAUGAUGAGAUGCGCUCGCGCCCGCACCCUGCAUGCAAAUGUUGUCUCCAACGACAAGAUGGUGAGCCGCGCUCGCGGCCCCACCCUUCAUGCAAACCCUGUCUCCGAUGACAAGAUGAUGGACGGGAAAAUGAGAUGGCGCCGGUCCAGGGGGUGCCGCCCAUGCGGGGAAGCAUCGCGGCUUCAAGCUCGGUUGGUGGGGUUGUGAGUGAAAAUGCGGGGAGCUUGCCAGCAGGGAAAAUGGCACCUAGAGGGGCUCAUGUCUCCAUGAUGAACAACCACAACUUUGAUUUGAAUGAGCUACCGACUGAACAUGAGCAGCUCCAGCAGGAGCAGCCGCCCAAAGAGCAGGAUUAGCCGCCUGUGGCACAACAUGAGCUUUAAUAUUCACAAUGGCUGGAGCCUGCUCAAAUCCGCAUCUAUGAGCAAAAUAACUCUUCGCCAGAAGCAUAGCCCUGUUGGAAAUUAUCAAAAAUAUCUCUAUCCCGAGGAUAAUGGGAAGGCUUGUAUGGAACUUUUGAAUUUCUCUCUUCCUA